CGAACUUUACAGUACAGCAGUCUCUGGGUGUGUUUUGGUUCGAGCAGUUGCUUUCUUUUGCUAAAGUUUUUACAUGUUUUUUACUGCAGAACAGUCAUUUGGAAGCUCAUGAGGUAAAGUAACUUUUUAAACUUGAUAAAAGCAACGCACAUUUCAGUGGAAAAUGAAACUGUCAGAAGUCAAAAAGCUAAAAGUGGCCGAACUACGAGCCAUGCUCAAAGAACGAGCACUGGACAUCAAAGGACUCAAGGCAGAACUUGUUGGGCGUUUGAUGUCCGCAUUCGAAGCUGAAUUGCAAGCUCCAGAAUCAAGCGAUCUUGGACAAGACAAGGGAGGCCCUGGUCUUGGAGAAGAGCCGAAGCCACAAGAUGACGAUUCACCCAGAGCAUCCACAGUGUUAGCGAUGGAGAGAGAAGUCCCUCUACCGGGCGAGGAGGCGAAAGCCACUGGACACGAUGGGGACGUUGCAGGCGCCGCAAGUUCAGAGAUGAUGGUGAGACCUAGAGCUGAUUGUUCUCCUACCGGUGUAGACACGGAGGCACCUGCAAUUUCAGCAGCCAAACUUGAUAACACGUCAACAAGUCAAUUGGAAGACGUGUGUGUAAUCAGCACUUUGACCAUGAGUCCGUGUGCAGAAACCACGGCAGACAAAGAAGGGUUGAUGGAGCAGACCUCGUUAAAUCAACAAGUAGAGCAACAGAAACAUGUCACCCAAGAAGAGAGCGCUCAAGAACAACAGGGUGAGGAGGAACAUGCACGUGGAGUCUCCAAACGGACUGCCACACAGGAAGCAGAGGAGGAUAAAACGACAUCAAACCAACAACUAAACACAACAAGCAUGAGCACCAGGCCCAUUCAAAACACAUUUACUACAUCACAGAUAUCACUGACAGACAUCCUGUAUCAAGACACAAGUAUGUUGGUUGUUGGGCAGUCUAAAGAAGAUCAUGCAGGAUCAGCUGUGGAGAACAGAGUUGAGGAGGAGGACAGUCUUUCCAUGGUGGCCCAGAGAGGGAGCAGCACUGCAUCCAGCCUCAGCCUGGGAUCUGUGACCAGUGACCAGACCAGCCAGGACACGGUAUUUCACAUGGACAAAGACAAGGAAAAUAGGGCUGGAGGUGGAGGGGAGAAGCGUGGGGUAAAGAGGCCUGCUCACGGUGAGAUGACCAGAGGCAGGGCCUACUACGAAUUCAAGGAGGAGAUCCAGUACAACAGGGCCAAAUCCCCACCGCCUCAGCCUGAGAGUAAUGGUGUUGAUGCCGAGGAAGACGAAGGGCGGGUCAGACUAGACUCCUACGGCGGUGACUUGCACUUUGAGAUCGGCCGGGACGGCUGCAGCGGCCAGCCAAGGUUCUGGGAGCGCUGCCCUCUCCUGUGGUCUGGGUGCAGACUGACACACGGAACUCACCAGGGGAGGGUGGGCUUCGAGGCUAUGUUUGAGAAAAAGCUGGUGUCCCCAUCACUGGACCCUGAGGACCCUGAGCACCAUGGUCUGAGACUGGGCUGGUCAGUGGAGCGUUGGAACUCCACCCUGAUGCUCGGUGAUGAGGACUUGUCUUUCGGUUACGACGCUAGGGGCAGAAAAGUGACGGCUGGGAAAGAGGAGGAGUUUGGAGAGCCCUUUUCAGAGGGCGAUGUCAUUGGCUGUUAUGCUUCUUUCUCUAAGGAGGAAGGAGUUGAGCUCUCCUUCCAUAAGAACGGUCGCCAUAUGGGAAUGGCGUUCCACCUGAGUCCGUCUGCUCUCUGCGGUUCUGUGCUGUACCCCCACGUCCUCUGCAAAAACACCUCUAUCACCCUCAACUUGGACCCCACCUCUCCCCCCUGGUACCCCAGCCCUGCAGGGUACACCCCCCUCUCCUCCCUGCCUGCUGGACAAAGGCUCAGUGCCCCAACCCCACCAACCUCCAAACUGCAGUGUGAGGUGUUGAUGAUGGUGGGUCUGCCAGGGGCAGGUAAGACCCACUGGGCCAGGGCUCACAUGAAGCAAUACCCAGAGAAGAGAUACACCCUGCUGGGCACCGCAGGCCUCCUACCCUGCAUGAAGGGGCAGGGUCGUAGAGAGAGCAGGCUGCAGCAGGCCUCUCAGUGUCUCAGUGAGCUGAUCAAGGUGGCGGCUCAGACUCCACGCAACUACAUCCUGGACCAGCCCAACGUCCACCCCUCAGCUCAGCGCCAGAGGCUGCUGUGGUUCGCGGGUUUCAGGCGGAGGGCGGUGGUGGUGUUCCCAUCUAAAGAGGAGUGGAAGAGGCGUCUGCAGGAGCAACAGGAGGAGGAGGGGGACAAGAUCCCUGAAACGGAUCUCCACAAGGUCAAAGUGAGCUGCACUCUGCCAGAGCAGGGGGACCUGCUGGAGAAGGUGCUGUUUGUGGAGCUAGCCAGAGAAGAGGCACAGGCUCUCUUGGAGGGGUACAAAAAAGAGGCGAAAAGCCUGCUCCCCCCUGUCCCCUCCGCCCCCAAACAACGGAAGAAACCCCGCGUCCGAUAUAAUAACCCCCAUAGCCUCGGACUUCAGUCUUAUCACCUUAACAAGACCAGAUUUAGAAGGAUGGCCACGCAAGACUAUAACCCCCCUAAACCGCUCAUCAAGGGCCGGAUGGACAGGGGGUACAAUCCAGUGGCGGCUGGUGACUUGAGAGGUUGGGACCACACAUGGUUCAACCAGGAGCAGCCAUACCCGUAUGGUCAUCAGCAGUACUGGACACCACAGCAGCUCAGAUAUGAUGAACCGUUCAAUGGAGCGAACUACCAGUACCGCAGCAAUGACUUUAACCAUGAAGCAUACAGGGAGUACAACAGACAGCUAAACUACAACAAACAGCUAGAAUGCUACAGACAGGAAGAAUGCUACAGACAGGAAGCAUGCUACAGACAGUGGAAUCAGAGUUACCAAGACCAGGACUAUUACGGCAACAAGAAUCAGGUUUACCAAGACCAGGGCUACUAUGGUAACAGGAACUACGCUUACGAUAGUUACCAUUACCAUGGUUACUGUUAAACAUCUAAAGAGAUUAGCAAAAUCAGCAGGUGGUUUUAUAAAGAUUUAUUAUACAUGUUAUAUUUCUUACAUUAUCUUACAGCAUUUUUAUGCAAAGUUGGGAAAUAUUGUGCCGCCACCAGGUGCCUAAGUGUCAAACAUCAAGCAAUGUUUGUAUGGAGUUAUCUUUUUCUGUAAUACUGCUGGAACUUUAUAUUCAGGGAAUGUUUCCUUAGACAUUUUCAUAGCAGGGGGCUCGAACUUUGUACAACAGUAUUGUCUCUUAAAGCAACAACAACAUUAAAUCGCUGCUUUUUCAUUGAA